AUGGAGCGUGUGGCGGAAGCCCAUGCUAAGAUACGGCAGACUCUGCGGGUAGCUGGUCUACUACGGGAGCUGCAGGCCUCCUAUGAGGAGCGACAGAAGGCGUUGAUCAACCGUCUGUCGGUACUUGAGGAGGAGGUGGGUGAGACGGUACUUCUCACCAUGCGGUUGACGAAGCGGCAACAGGCGGUCAUGGCACGUCAAGCGGCCUUGGAGUCGAAGAUGGCUCAUGUGAUAGAUCUUCUGAAGCGGCGGCGGGAGGAUAGUCAGCUGAAGGACUUACAGCGGAAGGAGCUGUGGCAUGCUAAUUGUCGGCUGAUUGACCUAACUAGAGGACAGCUCACACAACAGAAGAAGCUUGACUCGUCCUCUCCCACUGAUCAGGAUCUUGAGAUUGCCAAAUGCUCUAUACUAGUGAAUGAAAAAGAUCAGAUUGCGUUGGGUUCUGGGCGAGCGCUCCCGCAGAAAAUGGUUAGUAAGCCUGUGCUGAAGACUGUGCAGAAGUUCGUUGAAGUGCCACAGAUAGAGUAUGUUGACAAGUACGUGGACGUCCCUGUUAAGAAAUACGUUGAAGUCGUGAAGGAGGUUAAAGUGCCUCAGGUCGUGAAGAAGUAUGUGGAGAAGGUGGUUGAAUAUACUCCGCCGAGCUCUUCGAGGACUCCUUCUGAGGGAGCCAAGAGUAACGAUUACGAAGGCUCGGUGGCUGCUGGCUGA